AAAUGUUGAAUCAAAUAAGCAGACCACCUGAGACCUGGCCCAGAUUAUUAAUCCAUUCUCUUCCCCAGUUUUCUUCACUCAAUUAAUUAAUUGUUAAAUUCAAAUCCCUCUCUCUCUCUCCCACCCCCACACACAGCUCCUUCAACCUCUGGUACAGGUCUGUUUCUGAGUUACUCCUGAAGAGAGAUGAGACGACCAGGACAGUAUGGAGAUCCAGGUGGGAAUGCAUAUGUUUCUGGGCAGAUGCAACAUAUAGCUGGCCGUAGAAUGGAACAAAAAAUUAAUAAUUACCAAGGGCGGCCAGAAUCCUUGACCUCGGAGAAAGAACAUUCAUAUGAGGCUUCAAUAGCUGAUGGAAAUUGGAGGUGGGAAAGAGAUGGAUCGUCCAAUGUGCUUAAUGAAGGUCAAGCAGCUGAUGCACCUAUAUCCUACCACCAGGGCCGGAAAUCAGAUCCAAGAAUGCUUCUAGAGAGACAAGACAACAAUGAUCCAAGAUCUAAUCCCGGUGAAGAAGAUAUGGAUAUUGGGUACGAGGAUAAACCCGUGUUGCAGACCUUUGAGGGUCUACAACAAAGAUUUUUGGAUGAAAUCACGAAACUAGCCAAAGAACAGAAUGAUGCAGAGGAUGCUGAAAAUGCUAGGCAUAGGGAGAGCAUAAACAACAUCAAUUCUAAGUAUCUGGAACAACUUGGUGCACUACGAGCUCGGCACGCCACUCGAAGAGAUGAAUUCCUUAAGAGGGAAACUCAAGUGCGUCAACAGCAGUAUCAGAAGAUGGUGUUGGACCACUACCCUGACAGUGGAACGGGUUAUAGUGACCCUAAUGGCUACCCUAUAUCUCAUCCUGGUGCUGAAUCACUUCGAGGCUACAGCACUGAGCGUUACGAUUCUUACAGGGAGCGUACACGAUUUCCUGGCGGGUAUAGGGAUUAUGGACUUGAGCCUAGAAGUCAAUUCCAUGGCCACCGAGUUCAUGAGGCUUCUUCACGUUACUACUGACGUGACUGUGUAAUGUAGAGUGUCAGAGUGUUUUACUGAUAAUGUUGCUUGCCCUUGCAUAAUAUGGCCACUUGACGCUGGUUGUUUUAUGUUUGUAAUGCUCCUUUAAAAGUAAUAAAAAGUCUACUCUGACUUGGCUAUA